AUGUACCAGGACUACUCCGUGAACUACGACACCUCGUCCUGCGGCAGCAGCACUUCGCCGGCCCAGCCAGAGUCAUUCACAAGCGGCAGCAGCACGAUCGGCAGUCCGAUCUCUACCUCAAGCUACCAGGUAACGCAAUACAGUCAACAUAAUAUAAAUUCUAUUUUCUCAAAUUAAAAUAUUGGCAUUCACAACUGUAAUUUUAGUUUGUAUCGACAUUUCGUCACUGUGCAGUUGUCUAUGAAUCACUGAAACCACUGACACACUUUUAGAUGGGUAACUCGAAGAGGCUAUAGUGCUGUGCGUAAUAAAAGCUUAUGUGGUGUGCAAUGCAACCGAGGUGCAUAUUAUCUUUCUAAUACAUUAUGUCAAUUUUUUAUUCAAGGACCAUUAAGAAUAUUAUAUAUAUAUUUAAAUAUAUUACUCCAAACUAUAGCCUAGUGCUGUUGAGACUUUUUCUUCACAUUCGGAGAAAGAGCGCCCGCGGUAUAGCCUGUGAUAUUAUCCGAAUCUGCGCGCGUUAUAUUGUGAUUUUAUCCCAAUAUUUCCCCACCUGCGCCGAAUCUGUGGGCGUUUUAUUGUGAUAUUAUCCCAAUAUCUCCCCACCUGCUCUGCAAUGAGGUGAAAUGUAAUAGAUUAUAUAUAUGGUUCUGGCCAAGACACCGAUGCGCGAGCGAAGUGCGUAAAAAAGGAACAAACCGACUCAAUGCCGGAUUUAUUUUUAAUGUCAUGAAACCUGUGUUAUGAACGACUGCAGAAAAUGUACUUAUUGACACAGGUGUUUAUCCGUCAUCUGAAUUUCCAUAUGCAAUAAGGUAUUGCACAGUCGCUGUAGCAUAUACUUUUAACACCCACGUGUUGCACUAUAGAACUGGACACUUGAAGUUGAGGGGACGUUUUUAUUAGAAAAUACAUAUUUUGUAUACGGAAGAUUACACUUUAGAAAGUGUUCAUACUGUGUAGUCCACAAAUAAUUUAGGCUUACGCACAUUAUAAGACCUGUUGAUUGAGUAUAAACUUAUAUGAACACAGGAGGCACGUUAUCAUGAGUUAUAACACACACCAAACUGCGAAUAGGUUGAUACAGCAUAUUUUGCAAUGCUGAUCGCUCUCAACAUUUCUCCUCCAAGAUAUGGAUUUAAACAGAAGUUGGAAUGUGUAAACCAAAGGGUUACCUUUUCCCUUGCACAUGGGAUAACGGCUUUAUUCAUGCGCAUAACUUGGUCAUGGGGAACAACAAAUAUGCACUGAUUCUACCAAUCCUUCUCAGUGCCUUCUUGGUUCAUCACUGAUCACCACUGUAAAGCGAACAGCGCAAAAAAAGAAUCUUGACUAGGACUCCACAUUGGAUAGAAGUUCUGCAACUAGGCCUAUAGCGUCAUUCAGUGGUGGUACGCUGCACAUUGCACAAUAUAGGACAACCAGUCGCAGGGUUGACAUCCACCCAUAGCUUCGAGGUUGUGUGUGUGUUGCAGAUGGGCCCCAUGUAUCACGCACUGGCAGAUUUAGUCGUGACUUGGGAACGGCAGGUUAAAACGCUCACGAAGCGUCUCCCAAUGCGCCCUCGGAGAUGUUGGAUCAUUUGGAGACUUCGAGGCUGGAAUUUCCCCCAGAUCUCCUAUAGUGAUUAGGCCUACGGAUUUUCUUUUCUACCUGCUCUCCCGUCCUCUCUUUCGAAUGACAUUCUGAGAUGUGACGCCCAGUGGCUAUCAUUGAGGAACAACCAUAUCAGCAUUUCACACCCCAUGUCCACUUUCAAUGCUAUUCCCGACAAAGAUUAGCUUUUAAGGUUGAAAAGUAUCAAUAUGUUUUAUGAAAGUGACAGAGAGACAUGUCUUUGUUGUGUUUUUAGUCGCAUUAUCAAAUUCAGAACCCGCAGUAGGCCUACUUCGGCAAAUGAAGGAGGAUCUCUGUGCGCUACAUUUCACAGGUUGUUCUUUCAUAGACCGGUGUUCUAAUCUUAUUUCAUAUAAUGGACAUUGCGACUGUUUAGAUCUCGUCUCAGACAAAUGUCGGAAAACUGAGGGCUAAAAGAAGUGUUUCGUUUUUGUAGGUCUAAUAAUGAGUUGACUGGAAGCGUUACGGUUGCGCGGCAAUUUUACGCGCGAUUUUAUCAGUCGGAUUUUGACAAAAUUACCACCUUGGUGAAAGGACCUGUGUCUGCUAAAUGGCAAUUGUUGUGUUGCACCCGUGGGCGCACAGAAGCAUAACAGCUGGACUGGUCGUAGGGUUAAAUCAUAUUUCUCGUCCAUUCCAGACCACAACUCCCACGCAUUUGACUUUGUUCUUUCAAUGGUUUGUCUGCCUAAAUCCGUAUUUUGAAUUGACUUGGUUACAUCGAUGACCGUAUGGGUUACAUCAACUUCGAGAUUAUCAUAAGCAUUUCCAUAUUUGCUCCCGGUUUGACACAGUGCCAUUGGUGCUCUCUCUUCCCUGGACAUGUUUACAGUAUUUUGGAGGCGAAAGUUCCUGGAUGUUUACGUCAUCCUUUAGUUUCUCGGGGGCGGAGGACAACUAUUCUAUUUGUUUAAGAGGGCUGUUCUUUUCUCCUGCAGCAAUGGCCAAAUCCCAUCGCGUAAGAGUAAGACCAGAAUCCGGGAAAGGGGGUAACGAGUGGGAAGCUGUUUACCGGCACACAGACUCUAGCAUUCUGACUUGAUAGCCUAUAAGAGACAACUCACUGGGCCGGGAAACGCCUAACAUGUUGUAUUUGGACCCUGCACCUAGAAUUGUGGAUAGUGUUUCACAAUAUGGCCUAACAAUGGUGCUUCUAGCAAAUGGCAGGCAUUUGUAGUCUACUCGUAGUCGAUUCACCUAUUGUCUCUAAAAUCUAAUUUGCACAACAGCCUUCCUUGACCUAUGUUCAUAUCCCCCCGUUCUUACCAGAAAUGUCUGUCAAUUCUGUGUGGCAACCAGACACCCAUAUUACCAUAUCCAACCAUUACCCCAUUUAUGACUUUACCUUCUCGUUAGUUAUUAGCCCCUAGGAUUUAUGACCGCAAUGGAAUUUUCUCUGUUGCCUCACUUCUGGAAUGUAACUGGCCGGGACCUAGCUUUCCUCUCUAGCCUAAAUAUAAUGCCUCUUCCCGCCUUACUGGAACUGACCGUUUUACGCACGUGCUUUACUUUACCAACAUGACUCAUCGCAAGGUAAUAAUGGAUUAAUUGACCCCUGGAUGAUAGCCAACCACGUGACUGCGUAAACCAGAAGCAUAACUAGUCUCUUCAUGUUCUAUGUUUAAUGAACAAGUAAAUCGGGUUGGCUGAUGACAUGCAUCACUCACCUUUUCCCUCUAGUCACUCAAGUGUCAGGUGUGGACUUGUUGAGACAUACUCACUGGCAUCCUAGCCUUGCUUUUAGGUCAAUAUCAUUGUGCCAUCAGAUAUUGUCCUAUCACCCCAAAGAUGCCUCAUGAGGGCUUAAGCCAUAUAAGCUUUCACUUCUGUGAUGUCACACACAACAGUUUGGUAGUUAAUUGAUCAUUGAUGAGCAUGAUAGGUCCUCAGAUAAUGUAAACAUAAGGUCUUAUGUAAUCUAUUUUAUUAGAAAAAAUAGAUAGGCUACACUUGUAUAUUGAAAGAGAGAGACCUAUAUCAGUGCCACUGCAAACCAUCAUAAUCACCCUAUACUGACUGGAAUAAACAAGUCAUCACACCUUCCCCCGUGGAUGUUUUCUUUUCUUCAGAGAGGUGUACAAUUCCAUACCAUGUUGCUUUCCAGAUGACUUGCAGCUUGAUGCAAGCUCCUCUCCUAGCUGUAGUAUAAUGAUGGAGGCAGCACCACUACGGCUUUUCCGCCGUGAUUCACUGAAUGUGUCACUGACUGUGCCACUUCGGGGGUUAAACGGGUGAAUCUAGACAGUGUUUGUGUGUGGAGUCAGUGAUUCACUACUAGGCUGUAAUGAAGAGGAUGUGUGAGUAUGAUGAAGGGUGGGUGGCCGGUUUGUACACUGGCGGGUUAUGCUACAGUACUCUGUGGCAGAAAUGGAAAUUGAGGUAGCAGGGUCAAAGACAUGUCAAGUGAAUUUUUCCCCCCAGUUGUAACCAGUUAAAUAAAUAAACAACAUUCCAUUUAAGCAACAAAUAAAUACAUGGAAAUUGAGAUUUUGAUGUUACUCCAUUCACAAUGGGUUUGUCCCCAGAGUUGAAGACACACAAAACUUGUGUUCUUUGUCAUCUUGAAAACAUUCAUUGUCAUCUUGAAAAUAUCCACUCACCAUUUCUCUGCCCUCUUGUUUUCCCUCCCUCUCUCUUGGCUACCUUUCCUGUAUCUAGAAAUACCGGGUCGACAUGCCUGGCUCUAGCAGUGCCUUCAUCCCCACGAUAAACGCCAUCACGACCAGCCAGGACCUGCAGUGGAUGGUGCAGCCCACGGUGAUCACCUCUAUGUCCAACCCGUACUCGCGCUCCCACCCCUACGGCCACCACCUCUCCAACGGCCCCGGGCUCCAGGGACACACCACCCUGGCCCGCCCGGGCGUCAUCCGCUCCAUCGGGGACACCCGCGGACGCCGCAGGAGAGAUGAGCAGGUGAGGAUCACAAGUGUACAGAUGAUGCGUGUGUUUAAAAGUUACUUUUGUCUGGCUGUGUGGAGAGCACCAUGUGCCGGCAAGCACUAUUGGUGAAUGUCUUCUAACAUUGUGAGACAGUAGAGUGAGUUUUAAUAUCAAAGUCCCAAGUUGUGAGGAAUUUGGCGAUAUUGGAGAUGAUGGCUUAUAUGUCUAAAACCUUCUCUUCUUGUUUACCUUGUUCAGCUUAUGUGUGAACGACAACUCACAAGGUGUGUUAUUUUUUUUCCCUUAGCUUACCCCUGAAGAAGAGGAGAAGAGGAGGGUGAGACGCGAGAGGAACAAGUUGGCUGCCGCCAAGUGCCGCAACCGCAGACGAGAACUCACUGAGACGCUCCAAGGGGUGAGUUACACAGCACACACACACUCACACACACUCACCCUAACAGAGAAGAAGAGGCAAAGUUUCGUAAUGGUUAGGUUGUUACGAAUGAAUGCACUGUUGUUACGGGCCCCGUGUAGCUCAGUUGGUAGAGCAUGGCGCUUGCAACGCCAGGGUUGUGGGUUCGAUUCCCACGGUGGGCCAGUAUGAAAAAAUAAAUAAUGUAUGCACUCACUAACUGUAAGUCGCUCUGGAUAAGAGCGUCUGCUAAAUGACUAAAAUGUAAAAUUUAAGUGGACGCAUGUGGCAUUUCCGCAACUUUGACAAAAACGAGUUGUGCCUGUUGUUCACACGGGUAUCUGCCCUCUCAUUGGCUAGAAUGGUCCCAUCUGAUCUCGACUUGAUGACUACACCCUCCACUCCCCCAAACUGCUUCCAGCAAAAAUGCCCUUCCCUCUCUCCACCACACGCCACGCAUUGUUGAAUGACCAAAUAAGGAAGUGUCAUAUUUCAAUCAUGAAGGGCAACUUAACUUAUCCCCUCAGUCUCUUUCUUUACUUUUUGCACUAUUUCUCCUAUUUCUGGGGUCUGUCCGCGCUUUGCUCUUUUGUUUCCUACUUCCUCAUACCUUUGCGUCAGAGACAAAGUUCUCAGACAGGCCUGUGACUUAUACCUGUUUGUCUGCCUGCCCCGUCUGGUGACUACAGGCUUCUUAGGGUCUUUGUCUCCUGGGGCCGUGACACAUUACGCUAGAGGAGAAAUCAAGCUCUGUUUGCGUGUUGCAUCACAUACAACAAAAAACUCAAACCAUGAAUGUGUUUUUUGUUUGGACAAAGUUGUACUAGCAAUCAUUUUUAAAUUAGGAUAAGGGUCAAAACUGAAUGUCAAGUAAAGUGUAGGUUUGAGUUCAGGUCAUUCAGGUGCAACAUAGCCAAAACGUUUAUUGACUGCCCUUCCACUGUAUCUCAACUAUUUUCCUGAGCAAACUUAAUAUAUAAUGUGCAGUGUGUUCUUUUUGGCAAACAGCACACUCUUGUGUUAGCAUUAGGUGGUGCAGAAACUCACCAACGUGUACCUAAAACAGUGAUUGGGGCUUUAACAAGAAUAUUAACACAUUUGCUGUCUACUCCAAACACCGAAAUUGUAAUUGAGCUGAAUAUUAACCCUCCAGAUACUGAAGAUUUGAAGCUUGUCCUUAUCGUCUGUUAUGUUUGUUUGUGGUUUCCAGGAGACUGAGGAGCUAGAGGAAGAGAAGGCUGAUCUACAGAAAGAGAUCGAGACACUGCAGAAGGAGAAGGACAAGUUGGAGUUUAUGCUGGUGGCCCACAACCCUGUGUGCAAACUGCCCCCUGACAAUCGCCACCAGGGGGGCCACCACCACCAGCAGCAGUGCGCCCCUCUCCCCCUGACCAUGCGCAACAAUCUGGGUCCCCGAGGCCUCAUCAACCCUGUGGUGGUGAAGCAAGAACCGCAAGAGGACGACAUGGACGGCAAGUCCCAGCGCUCCGUCAUCAAGCCCAUCUGUCUUGGUGGAGGUGGUGGGAUUUACUGCGAUAGCGACAGCCUCAACACCCCAGUGGUGGCCGCCUCCACCCCGGCCUCCACACCCAGCGCCCCCAGCCUCAUCUUUACCUACCCCAGCAUGCUGGAGCCCGAGAGCCCCUCGCCAUCCUCUGAGUCCUGCUCCAAAGCCCACAGGCGCAGCAGCAGCAGCGGGGAUCAGUCUUCAGACUCCCUCAACUCACCUACCCUCCUGGCCCUCUGA